CAAACAUUUUCACUCAUUUUCCAGGUCGGUUUUAUUUAGAGGCGGUGCCCGGCUGCCGAGAGGCGUCCGGUGACACUGUAGUGCCACUCCAUCGACUUGGGGGCCCCCAGAGCCGGCGCCACCGCCUCUCUGCCCUCCGCCACCGCCCGCCGGAGCCGCCCGCCCCGCCGCACCCUUCCCUAGGAUCCCCCCAACAGUCGCCGCACACCUCUCCAAAAGACAAAUUCAUCAAACCAACAAAUCAAACCAAACAAAAACAAAAGGGGGCUUAAAAAAAAAAAAAAAAAAAAAAAAAAAAAAAAAAAAAAGGAAUCACCAAGCCCCCGCCCCUGCUGUGGGGUGGCAGAGCGCGGCCGGAGUCCGACGGUGCGGACGCACGGUGGAGCCCCCCCGGCAGCCGCGCUCCGAGCCCCGGCACGCCGCCGCCCGCCUGCCGUCCCCCGCCGCCGCCCCGCCGGCAGCCACCAUGAACAAGCUGUACAUAGGGAACCUAAACGAGAACGUGACUCCGGCCGACUUGGAGAAAGUCUUCAACGACCACAAAAUUUCCUUCAGCGGGCAGUUUCUGGUCAAGUCCGGCUAUGCCUUUGUGGACUGCCCCGACGAGCAGUGGGCCAUGAAAGCUAUCGAAACUUUUUCGGGGAAAGUGGAGCUUCAUGGAAAACAGCUAGAGAUUGAACAUUCAGUACCUAAAAAGCAAAGGAGCCGGAAAAUUCAAAUCAGAAACAUCCCACCCCAGCUGCGAUGGGAGGUCCUAGAUGGUUUGCUAGCACAGUAUGGCACUGUAGAAAACUGUGAGCAAGUAAACACAGACAGCGAGACCGCCGUUGUUAACGUCACCUAUGCAAACCGGGAGCAGACCAGGCAAGCCAUCAUGAAGCUGAAUGGGCACCAGUUGGAGAAUCAUGCGCUGAAGGUCUCCUACAUCCCUGAUGAGCAGUCCAUGCAAGGGCCGGAAAAUGGGCGGCGGGGUGGGUUUGGGGCACGUGGUGCCCCCAGGCAGGGUUCCCCUGUCACUGCAGGGGCAUCUGUCAAACAGCAGCCAGUUGACAUUCCCCUCCGUCUCCUGGUACCCACACAGUAUGUGGGUGCUAUCAUCGGCAAGGAAGGGGCCACCAUCAGGAACAUCACCAAGCAGACACAGUCCAAGAUUGAUGUCCACCGAAAAGAGAAUGCAGGAGCUGCAGAAAAAGCCAUCAGCAUCCACUCCACCCCUGAGGGUUGCUCUGCUGCCUGCAAAAUGAUUUUGGAGAUCAUGCAGAAGGAGGCAAAGGACACCAAGACAGCUGAUGAAGUGCCUCUGAAAAUCUUGGCCCAUAACAACUUUGUGGGGCGCCUGAUUGGCAAAGAAGGGCGAAACUUGAAGAAAGUGGAGCAGGACACAGAGACAAAAAUCACCAUCUCAUCAUUGCAGGACCUGACUCUGUACAACCCUGAAAGGACGAUCACAGUGAAGGGCUGCAUCGAGAACUGCUGCAAAGCAGAGCAGGAGAUCAUGAAGAAAGUGAGGGAAGCCUACGAGAAUGAUGUAGCAGCCAUGAGUCUGCAAUCUCACCUCAUCCCUGGCCUUAACCUGGCUGCUGUGGGCCUCUUCCCUGCCUCCUCCAAUGCAGUACCUCCUCCUCCUAGCAGUGUCUCUGGAGCCGCGCCAUACAGCUCCUUCAUGCCUCCGGAGCAAGAGACCGUGCAUGUCUUCAUCCCUGCGCAGGCGGUUGGUGCGAUCAUUGGCAAGAAGGGCCAGCACAUCAAGCAGCUCUCCCGGUUUGCAAGUGCCUCUAUUAAGAUUGCACCCCCAGAGAUGCCGGAUUCCAAAGUGCGCAUGGUCAUCAUCACGGGCCCUCCAGAAGCUCAGUUCAAGGCACAAGGCAGGAUUUAUGGGAAGCUGAAGGAGGAAAACUUUUUUGGACCAAAGGAAGAAGUAAAGCUGGAGACACACAUCCGGGUCCCUGCCUCAUCUGCGGGGAGGGUCAUUGGCAAAGGAGGCAAAACUGUCAAUGAGCUGCAGAACCUGACGGCAGCGGAGGUGGUGGUACCACGGGAUCAGACACCCGAUGAGAACGAGCAAGUCAUUGUGAAGAUCAUCGGGCACUUCUAUGCCAGCCAGAUGGCACAGCGCAAGAUCAGAGACAUUCUGGCCCAGGUGAAGCAGCAACAUCAGAAGGGACAGAGUGGCCAGCUGCAAGCAAGGAGGAAAUAAGAGCAGCAAUGACACCAGUGUGAAAAGUGGAACAAGCCAAUGCUGGGCUUAAGAGUGGCUGGGAAUCAGUUACCAUAGACAAUUUUUUCAUUGACAGGUUGACGUUAAAAGGCAGUUUGAUUGGCUUCCAAGUUAGAGGGCUAGGUUAAGAAUCAUACCACGUAAUUUGAUCCAUUUUUAGCUCCCCAUGCCAGAACAGCUACUUAAAUGAACUGAGAGGUGCUGCAGUGCACUGGGAGAACCAGCUGUGCUGCUGAGGCUGGAGCACUGUGGGGUGCCAGGGAUGACAGUGCAGCAAACCUGCAACUGCCACAGCACUCAGCCACUCUUCUGGGUGCAACAUUUGCCUUCUCAUUUAAGUAGCUUUUGGAAGUACUACCCCAUCCAUCUUUGGCUCCCACCAGGGCUUCCCUGCAGUUGAAUCUCUCUGUCCCUCCCUCCUCCUCCUGCCUUGGCAGCAUAGCUGAUGGAUAUUUCUAGAGCGCUGUUAAACCUUUUGGAGCUUUUGAUUUUGAUUUUUUUUUUUUUUUUUAAGAAAUUAGCAAACUUACCAACUCCCAUUGGUAACAAGUUCCAUUGCAAGGUGGGAUAUAAAAAAAAAAAAAAAAAAAAGCCUUAGUGCCAAAUGGAUUUGGAUCCCUUAGGAGCUUUGAACCUAUUGAAUCUUAGGAACACCCAAGAGCAAGCUGGAGAAGUUCCCUCUCACCUGUGCUGUGUUGUACAGUGCCUUAGAAGCCAGGACAGCACCUCUAUUUUCCAGGAUGACUUUUUUGUUUCAUUUGUUUUAAUGUUUCUUUUCAUUUUAGGUUAGUUUACUUUAAAGAAGUUUCUUUUGAAGCCUUUGAAAUAAUGGCAGAAGUGGGAUGUACAGCUUUAGCAGUGACCAUUUUCUCAGUGAUCUUAGCUGUGUAGGUGCCAACCUGUUCCAGAGAUGAGGCAAACUGCAUGCAGAAGGGAAGAGGUGAAGGAAGUGCUUUGGUUUUCCCUCCUCCCUUCAAGCAACAGCAAUAAAACAACAAUAACAAAAGCAAAGAAAACCCUGCUUGGUAGGAAGUAUGAAUUAAUCUGCAUCUCUUUAAUAAUCAGAUUACCUGAACUAAAUGCAUGCAGAGCAGUUCUGGAGUUCAGGAGAAAAGCCAAUGGAAUUUGGGGGUGUAAAGGAGGACAGAUCUCUAAGGCUCUGUAUAUCUCGUAUUGAGAAAGAGCCUUGGCACUUGGCUCUUCAGUCCAGUUUUGCUGCUGAACCAGGGCAUGCUUUUGCCCCGACAUCUCUGGCAUUUCGUGCAAGGAGGGGCAGCAGCUCCUUUGCAAAGUCCUCUGCAGGUGGCUGGGGAUGUGAACUCAGCCUCGGUUUCCCCACCUGGAGCAAUCGAUUUGCGCCCUGAAAUCCUGCUGGUGUCUCCAGGGCUCAGCCACAGGUGGGUGUAUGGCAACACAACUUUUUUUUUUUUUUUUUUUUUUUUUUUUUUAAUAUCCAGGGGAAUAUUGUUAACAAACUUGGGAUGUGCUAGUUUGUUUUAACUCUCCUGGGGUUAUUUGUUGUUGCCCUCCACUCAAAUUUCUCUAGGUGGAGAAAAAUAUUCUAGAAAUGUAGCACAUUAAAAGAUUUUUUUCCUUAUUUAAAAACAAAACAACACAACCACCACCACCCUUCUUUCUGUGGUAAGAACUGUUCUCGUGAGACAAUACCAAAUAUAUACGUCAAAUGAAUGUAAGAUGGUUACUGAUUCCCAUCACUCUUAUGAGGAUUUUAUAUUUUAUAUAUAUUUUAAUGGUUUGUUUUUAAUACUGAGUAUUUGGAAGGGACAGUAACUGCUGUGAUUGCCUCUUCCAUGCAGGGUAAGGUCUUGUCUCUAUGUGGGGGGUGGGGCAGGGCUUGGUAUGCAUUCCUUGCUGUGGUAGAGGGGCCCUGGUCCUGUGCAGCCCCUGGCCAUGGCUCUGACUGGAGCAGGGGUACUGCAUGCCAGGUAAAGUCCCUGUGCCAUGUUUCUCUGUAAUCCAGCCCAAAUGUUGGCUGACGCUGGUUUUCCUGCAAAUUGGGGCGGGGGGUGAAAAAGCAAAAUUAUGUCUGGCUCUGGGGGAAGGUGGUGCAGCCUGGAGCCUGCAGUGUGCUGUGGAGAGAGGGGCAAAGCAGGUGCCCCAGGAGGCAGGAGGAGACCUGGCAGCAGCCUUGGGCGAGCUGAUUCAAGGCUUAAAAGGAGAGAAUUGGAAAUAAACUUCACACUGAUGCUCUUAGCAUUUCUUUCUUAAAUGGAGACCAGACCUCCCAUUUGAGCAGACGUUUUCCUGGGUGCAUCCUCCAAAGCGAGAACUGGCUUUGAAUUUGGAUUAUGCAGCAUCAGGAAGGCGGGUGGUUUAUUGAUAAGGGAACACAGCAGCAGUUACUGUCCUUUUAGACGUUGCAACAACAACAAGGUGUAGGGGAAAGCCAGAUAUUGCUGUGUGUUUGAGCAACAAGAAAAAAAAAAGGAGGGAAAAAAAGCUACCUCAAGGUAUGAAGUUACCUCAGCAAUUUUUUUUUUUGGGGGGGGGCUUGCUGAUAUUUUAUAUAAAAGCUGAUAGUCUUGAAUAUUUUAUUUUUUUAAUGAAAAGAGAAGUUAAGUUUCAUAAUUUCUUAUGAGCCAGGAGUUAUGUGCAGGUAGCCAAGUGUUAUGAGCUCUCUAUGGAGAACGACAGAAACUUCAGACAUAGUGGAAAAGAUGGCAGCAGCAUAUUAUUUUGGCCUUUUCAAGCCAGAAAUGAAUUUUACCAUGACUCAAGAGCUAUCAGAUGUCACGACUCUUUGAGAACUUGGACAAAUUGGAGCCCACCAACUUUUUCAGUUGGAAAGACUUUUUUUUUUUUUUAAAAAAAAAAAAAAAAAAAAAAGCCUUUGUCAGUCCAACUCCAUCAGGAAACCAAAUUGUUGAAGUGCUUGGAAUUGGAAAUCUACUACUCAAGGCAAUACGAGGAUAGACUUACCUUCAAGCACCAUUCUUAGGCAUCAAGCUGGCUAUGCCAAGUGGGGUACAUGGGGUUUGCUGAUAUUUAAACUGUGCCAGCUUGGGCAAUUUUACAAACAGUUGUAAGCCAUAUCUUUCAAAAUGCAAACAAAUUGGCUUCCUGUGUUGACACAGAGGAAGUCUCAAACCAUCUUCUCCACUAUACUAUGAUGCUGUUAAAUAUUUUACAGAGAUUUACCUCAGUUUUACUGAGGACAAACAAUCAAAAAAAAAAAAAAAAGAAAUGGGAGCCAACUUUUUUAUACAAACACAUACUAAGGAGAGAAAAAGUGAACAACCUUAAUGAAUGAUAGGUGUGAACCUCUCCCUGUCUGCUUGAGAAGGUUCAUGUGCUUUUUUUUUUUU